CAUCGUCAGCUGCUUCGACCCGUGGUCUCAUUCUGGUACAAAAUUGCUAUCACACAACUGGCCUUCAUGCAUCAUGAAUUGUGCUAUAGUUAACAGCUGCAAAUUUCCCAUCAGAACUCUGCGAUAACUGUUCAGAAUCUAUAUAUGAUCUGCUCUUGAGAAUUUUUUUUUGGUUCGCCCUGCAGCGCACCGUUCUACUAAGGAUACGAGAUGGGUUUCGACUACGACUUCAACCACGGCUCUUCCGAGAUCGUAGGCCAAGUUGGUGCCAAACAAGUUCAAGUUUCCGCAGAGGAAUACGAUGAAGAAUUGUAUCAGCGCGUGCUCAAGAGGGUGGACAGACGAAUCAUGCCUCUUGUCUUAUUUCAGUAUCUUAUCAUGCGGAUCGACGUCAACAACGUAUCAAACGUUGCCAUUCUGAAUGUCGAACAGGGUACCGACAUCAAGACGCAGCUGGGUCUCUCCGCGCAACAAUGGGUUUGGGUCAUAGCUUCUUUCUAUUACCCAUAUAUGUUCCUCGAACCUGUCUCAACCAUCCUGCUGAAGAAGAGUACUCCCCCAGUCUGGAUCUCCCGAAUUAUGGUGACCUGGGGUAUUCUCACCUGCAGCGUUGCUGCCGUCAAGACCUAUGGUGCUCUCAUUGCUUUACGAGCUCUGAUCGGUGCUGCCGAAGCUGGGUAUUUCCCUUGUAUCAUCUACUUCUGGACCUUCUGGUAUACGCCGGCUGAGCUCGCUAUCCGGGUCGCAGCCCUUUACUCGAUGGCAGCAUUGUCUGGUUUUGUAGGCGGAUUCUUAUCCUACGCUAUCUCUUUCGCGAAUGGCCGUUUAGCUGGGUGGCAAUGGCUUUACAUCAUCGAAGGCCUCAUGCCGAUUGGCGUCGGUAUCCUCACAUACUUUGCGCUCCCUGCCUACCCCGACCGUGCCAAGUGGCUCACAGAGAAGGAAAAGAAUGUCAUCAUCAAACACUUGCAUCGCGAUGCUCCCAAGGUCACCGGGAAGACUUGGUCAUGGUCGGCUGCUAGAUUAUUAUUCACGGAUCCAACAUACUACACGUUUACGUUCGCAUGGAUCUGUACUGGCGUUGGUGGGAACGGCAUCAUCUAUGCUUUACCUCAAGUUAUCAAGGACUUAGGUUUCGCUGACUCGCGGAAGUCGAACAUUCUUACAAUGCCUCCGGCCUUCGCUUCUUUUUCUCUAGUGUUGAUUCUAGGGUAUUACAUCAGGCGUGGACUAAUCAACCCCUUCCCCACUGUUGUAGUCCUCGACAUCGUCUUGAUUGCUUGCUAUAUCGUGCUUUUAACUGUGGAGACCGUCGGGGUACGGUAUUUCGUUCUCGUUGUCUCGACAGCUGCUAGUCAGUGCAUAUAUCCGAUGUUGUGGCCUAAACGCGUUCAGGCUCUUCGAGGGACAGCGAUGGCUGGUCUUGGGAUUGGUUUGCAUAACGCCGCUUCUCAGUUCAGUGGAAUUCUUGGACCGCAGAUAUUCAGUCCUGCGUAUGCUCCGAGGUACACUAUAUCGUAUCGGGUAUGCGUCGGUCUGUUAGCUGGUGGUAUAACGUUCCAUCUUCUGACCUGGCUGUUGAUGCACGGACCAGUACAGAAAUACGUGCCUUCGCUCGCUCAGCAUAUUCAAUCUCAAACACAAAUUCGAAAAAGAGAUCUGGAAGCCCACUGGUCAUCUGAAGGAAAUGAAUCCGUUGGUGAUGUGGAGAGUAUCAAGAUAUCCAGCGUGUUGGGUAAACAGGUAUUGGUUAUGGACUUGGAAGUUGAGAACUAGGAAAUGGAAACAAGAAAGCUUUACCCUUGCCUGUAAUACUACGCAUUUAGUCAAUUUAACUUCCGGCCUCG